AUGGAUAAAACCAACGCAGAGUGGGCGAAGGACAUUCCGUGCAAAAACAUUACGAUCUACGGGUUUUGCAAGUACGAAAAUGACGGGUGCAUCUUCAAUCAUGGGAAUGAGUCCAGCAGCAGCAACAGUGCAAGCAAUCGACCGGCGCUGAACAGCAGUCUUAGCAGUAAGUUCAAUGCUAAAACUGCUCCGUCUUUCACACCUUCCAAGGCUCUGAACGCGAAAAACAGCUCGUCAACUGCCAUCAAAGCUGAAAAAGUAGCCAAAGCACUGCAAUCGGUAGCGGACCAACAACCAGCUGUUUCGUCACCUCUGGCCACUCAGUCUGCGCCGAUUUCGUCCUCAUUCAACCCGUACGCGGCCAAUUUCACACCAGUGGGUUCUGCUGGCACAGCUGAUACGUCCUCCUCACCACCGUCAGCACCUUCGGCUGGACACACAGGUUUCAAUCCUUAUUCCGCAUCAGGUGGACUUCUAACGCCAGCUGACGAACUCAAUCCCAUGCACUCUUCGGUUGGCUUCACAUCAGGUUCCCCUGGGCCCUUCACACAGGAAUCAUCCAAUAGGCACACAAACUUUCCCUCCAUAUAUCCUCCCAGUCAUUCUAUUCUGCAAUACCAUCUGUAUGCUCCCGAUCCAGCGUUGCAUCUCAAACUACCGUUAAAGGCGAACGAAAGGUCGCCUGAAAUGCUUUUCAUCCCGAACGACAUCCGUGAAGAGAUGCUGAAAAAAAACCAAGCUUCUCUUCAAGUUUUUCCCUCUGGUGGAAAUUUGCCGGAGAUUGUCGGCGACUAUUUUGGCCUGGUACCCUUAGAGUUUCAUAAUAGAGUUACCAACAAAGACAGAUAUCAAGGGCAUCAGAAUUCUCUCUACAAAGUGUUUUCGAAUUUUGAUGGCAAAAUUUACAUCAUGCGCCGAAUCCAUGACGUCAAGAUUACUGAGACCGCACAAAUUUCGCAACCUUUUCAAAGAUGGAAAAACCUUGUGAAUCCUAGCGUGGUUGAAGUACGCGAUGUUUUCAUAACGCGCGCCUUUAAUGAUGCAUCGCUGUGCGUUGUGCACGACUAUUUCCCACAAUCUAACUCGCUUUAUGAAACGCAUUUCAUAAGCUAUAAUCCGGUGCCAAUAGCUCAGGAGUUGUUGUGGUCAUACCUGGUUCAACUUUGCAGUGCAUUACAGGCUGCGCAUUCGUCAAAUCUCGCCUUUAAUAACAUCUGUCUUGACAAAGUAAUAGUUACAGGCAAUCCGGGGCGUAUCAAAAUUGGAGACUCGUGUGUACACGAUGUCUUGCAUUUCCAGGAAGAUGUCGACGUCACACAGCAACAGCAAAAGGAUUUCGCAGAUAUUGGAUUAAUGCUGCGAGAUCUGAGUGCCAAGAUAGUUGGAUCCGGUCAGGAUGUGAACAAUGUUGAGACCCUGGCUAUAGAUGAAGAUUUUCGCUUGGUGUUGCAAUAUCUGCUCGAUUCAAAUAACGCGGAACCAAAAUCGCUGGCAAAAUUGCUUCCUAUGUUUGCGCACAAAAUACUUUCAGUAACAAGUGCUCUCCAGACUUAUGCGGAGUACUCUGAAUCGAUAUUGGCGCGUGAGCUCGAAAAUGCACGUCUCUUCAGACUUAUGUGCAAGCUAAAUUUCAUUUUUGGUCGCACAGAAUCUCGCAUCGACAUCAACUGGUCAGAAGCCGGAGAAAGAUUCCCGAUAGUUCUGUUUUAUGAUUACGUUUUCCAUCAAACAAAUGAGUCAGGGAAACCUGUUAUGGAUCUCACUCAUGUUCUUCGGUGCCUCAAUAGGCUAGAUGCUGGGACCAGUGAGAGGAUCAUGCUUGUGACCCCAGACGAGAUGAAUUGCAUUAUAAUCAGUUACAAGGAGCUCAAAGAUCUAAUAGACUCGACAUUUCGAGCAAUGUCUCAAUGA